AUGAAGAAGUGGGAGGAGAAGGAGUGUCUCCUCACGGCGGAACUGGCCGAAGCUAAGGAGUGGGCGAAGUGGUUUCGGGAGAAGAUGCUGAAUUCGGCCAGGCUGCGCUUCCAGCAAAUAGCGCGUCAACUGCAGAUACCGCCAGGGGCGGGUAUGAGGGCAGAGUUUGAGUCGUCAAUUGAGUCGUUAAAGCGUCAACUGGACAUACCUGAUAGUCUGAGGGAAGAGUAUGAGUCGUUAGAGAGGAAGAUCCAUCGCCUCGAGACGGUGACCGGGGACGAGGGGCACGGCACAUGUUCAACGCGUGAGGUCCCGCGCCAGCCAGACCUUUGGAACAAAAAAAGGUAG